AUGGACGAGACAGGUUCCGAGAGAAGCAACUCAACAUCUGCACCUCGUCCAGUCGGACAUAUCUUCAACUCCACCCCGAGCGAGCAACUACCGAAACAGUGGCACAACAGAGAAUUGCAUACCCUGCCGUCGGUGGUCUCGGUUGAAUGUCUGUUUGCCCGAUUCGCCUGGACCAUUUUCUCCCCAGCUGUUUUUCGGGAAUUCCUCUAUUCAACUCUGACGACACGGCGACUUUUGACUUGGGACUCCGACUUACGAAAACACGUCAUCGAGAAUGCCGACCCAGAGAGAUGCCGUCGUAUCUUUGCGGCCGCUAGGUCUAGGAGUGAGAGCCCGAAGAAAAGGUCGAGAGGAGAAUCUGGAGUCAGAGAGGCCCAUGACGACGACGAUGGGGAAGCGGUGAACGAUGAACAUGAUCCUGACGAGAAAUUCUCAUCGGAUAUAGAUAGUGGCCAUCAUGCUGAUCCGUGGUCCUUGGUUGAGCGUCUUUCGGGUACGACCGAUGUUGAUGCCCAAGAUGAACUAGAGCGCGGAAGGGCAAGGAAACGCAAGUCUGAUGAGACUGACCACGACAGCCUUGGACUGGAGGUCACCGCUGGGGACUUUCAACGGUCCAAACGGGUCAAUAUGGAUUCGAUUUAA